CACAAGAUGGCUACUCACAAUUUGUAAAUGGAACCAUCAACGUAGGAAUUAGCAACGGUGCGCUUGAUGAUCAAUGUUUUCCUACUGAUAGUGUCCAAUAAACCCACUAGGGUGUAAUAUUUAUUAUUACCCUACCUGGGAGGAUUGUAGAAAUAUCGUAAUACCCGGUGAAAACCGGGAAGGCGUGAAAGUAAGAAUGGACGGAGGAGAGUACAUUUCUUCUAUGGAAAACAUGGAUCCUACGUUAGCAGAACUUGGUGAUGAAUUCACACUGGGAGACAUUGAUGAGAUGCUCCAGUUUGUCAGCAACCAGGUGGGGGACUUCCCUGACCUCUUUGAGGACCAGAUGGGCACCGCCACCCCUCGCCCAGCCCCAGCUACUGCCACCGUUCCCACCGCCGCCGUGGCCCCCCAGACCCCCCAGACGGCCGCCUUCCAGGCCAGUCCAGCAGUCGUCGGCCCCACCACCACCACCACCACCACCACCACACUGGCAGCCGCCCCAGCCCCCGUGGCCCACGUUCUCCCCCUCACGCCUCCCCAAACACCAGUCCAGACGGUGACCGCCGUGCAGACGCAGAUGCGCACGCCGCCCUUGCUGCAGCCGCGGCCCACACACCAGCAGCAGCACGUGCAGUCCAUUCAAGCGCAACAGGCCACCAUGCAGCAGGCCAUGCAGGUGCAGACGCAGGCACUCACCAUGCACACGCAGAGCUUCCCCGUGCAGACUCAGAGCUUCCCCAUGCAGACGCAGCCGCUGGCCGUGCACAGCCAGGCGCUGCCCGUCAACACGCACACGCAGACGGUCAUGAUCACCUCGGCCCCCAACCAGUCGCGCUUCAUCCAGAACCACCCCGUGAUCUGCCACCAGAGCCCUACGCAGGGAUUUCAGGGUGAGAAUUGUGUUCAUGUUAGAGUCAAUGACGUUUUUUUUUCAGUUUGUUUUGUGUGUUCAGGUAAAGUGGUGGACCGCAGCAGCUGGUGGGCUCUGUCGCUGUCCAUGAGUGCAGUGAACCUGAGCGAGAGUGCCCAGGGCAAGAUGCCUGCCACCCAACUGGCACAGAUCUACGUGACCGCCGCCACUGCCCUCCGCACGGCCCUUGGACACCACCUCUCAUGCCUGCCCGGCUACCUGCUGAACCGCGCAGAGAGCGUAGCCAGCCAAUCAGAUGGCAAGCCUAUCCCCGAUGGCCUGCGCUGGCUCUUCACCCCAUUGGCCAGGCAGUUUUUCCUGAGCUGCGAUUGGUCAGUGAAGCCAGAGGGUCAUGAGGGAGUGUACAAAUCCAAGAGAGACCAAGCGGACCCCAUUGCCCAGCUGCAUGGCUGCUUCUGUGAGAAGCUUCUGGAACGGGCUGUCCACUCCCUCAUCCAGCCCCACACCAACUCCGACAUCAACAAGUGCAGAGAUGACUCCGGGGAGUUUGGGAGUACUCUGGAGUUCCUCCAGCUGCUGAACAGCUGCACGGAGGAGUCGACCUCCACGUCGCCCUCCUUCCCCGCGCUGGCCAAUCAAAACACCACACCAGUGGGAGACCCUGUGUGCCGCUGGUGGGUGCUGGUGCUGAAGGCGGUGGUUCAUUGGCUGCAAGGAGACGACGCAGCUGUGAGGUCUCUGCUGUCUGAGGCAGAGAGGGUCCCCAGGGCCCUGCACACACUCGACCAUCCUCUCCCCAAGGCGGUGCAGCAGCUGUGCAAGGCGGUGCAGGUGAGCUUGAGCCCCAUGAAGGGCGAGGGCAUGAACGCCUGCCUGGCACACUGCGAGCGCUCCAGCGCCUACCUGCGCGCCAGCAUCAACGUGCAGCUCGCCCAGUCUGCCACCUGGCUCAACAAGGGGGUGGAGCUACUGGUGUGUGACCUCCUGUUGACCCUGCGUACCAACCUAUGGCAGCGUGGCAGCAGCGGCUCCAACGGGGAGUCCGGCCCCUCCCUCGGCUCCCAGCUGGCCGGCUUCCAGAGAGACCUCAGCUCCCUGCGCAAACUGGGCCAGUGCUACAGGCAGGCCCAGCACAAGGUGUUCCUGCAUGAGACGACGGUGAGGCUGAUGGCUGGCGCCAGCCCAACACGCACACACCAGCUGCUGGAACACAGCCUGCGCAGACGCACACACAGCUCUGGACACGCCGCAGACGGUGAGUGUGUGCUGGGUGAGCGCGAGCGUGCCCAUGCCAUCCUGUUGGCGUGUCGCCACCUGCCGCUGCCCCUGCUGACGCCCCCUGGGCACCGCGCCCGCCUCCUGGCCGAGGCCAAGCGCACGCUGGAGCGGGUCGGGGACCGGCGCUCUGUGCAGGACUGCCAGCAGAUCCUCCUGCGCCUGGGCGGGGGCACCACCAUGGCCGUCUCCUGAGGCACCUCCGCUGGGCUGGGACCGGCACCUGCAGCCCGAUGGAUGGAUGGAUGGAGGGAUGGAUGAAUGGAUGGAUGGAGGGAGGGUGAGAGGGUUGGAUGUAUAUCUCCAGAGGUGGACAAAUUGCAUUGAAAAAGUUAAAAAUCCUGCCAGAUAUUCUUUCUGCCUGUGCUCCUCAUACAGAGGAUUCCAGUAAUUAGCUCGUCUGUGUGGCUGAAGGUGUGCGGUAGUUAGGAUCAGCCGGUUUAUUGAACUGGCUGGAGCAAAUAGGUGGCAGGAUUUUUACUUUCUGAAUGCGAUGCGAGAUGUCUGCCCCUGGGAAUCUCUAAAGGGUCGUGGUGGUAAAAAAAAAGGGGUUGGGUUGGUUGGAAUCUUUCAUUGACUACCAUGCACCAACCCCAUCAGCCAUCUGCUGGGAGCUGCAGCACAUUUGUAAAGUUAGGGACGAAGCGAAGCUUAGCAGUAGCCAUUUUAUUCUCAUUCACAGCCCACAAAAAAUAUGUUGAUGUAUGUCGUCCAUUUUGAAGCACUGUAUAUUUUACUUGUGUGCAUGCGCAACAUGCACACGGGCACACCUACAUACACAUAUUCAUUCACUCUCUCCCCCACACACACACACACACAUAGACUGUAUACUUCAACGUUUUCACACCCAUAGAAUUCAGAUCAUGAUCCAGAUCCUAUUAUGUAGAGACACUCUGUGAUGUCACCUUUCGACAAGGGCUUCUGGCUUAUUUUAAUCAAUCAUCUCCGCUUUGCCAAUCCUGUACCUCCUUGUUGCAGGGAUACCUGUCCUCCAAUCCUGUACCUCCUUGUUGCCGGGAUACCUGUCCUCCAUUCUCUGUAGUACAGAAUAUGUGAAGAGUUCAGUUGCAAAAUGACUUAAAUUUUGACAUUUCAUUAUUGUAAAUGAUUGUUCAGACGUCUUUUCAUCUAUGUGCAAAUUCUUGCCAUUCAAAUGUUUUGAGAACGUACUUUUUUUUAAAGAAAAAAUAUAAGUGCAUUUUGCAAUGUAAUGCAAUGCAAUACCCAAUUAUAAAAUAUAUACAUUUCCCCAAAAUGUUCCAAAAUGGAUAGAAGCCAGUCUGAUUGAAGUCAUUUUGCAAUGAAGCUCUUAAUGUAUUCUGCGACCAGGCAUCUCCACAGCCAUAUUGCUUUUCAACAGUUAUCUAUGAGCCACAUCUCACACUGGAAUAAUUGCCAGGCAAUAGAGAGGGAAAGAGAGAGAGAGAGGGGGUUGCUGUCUUUAAUGUGCCGGGACCAUGUGUUUGGACAGGAGGUUGGCGAAUAUUACAACGUCCUCCUCAGGUGUCCAAGUUUACUGGGCACAUUAUGAGAGGACACUUUCUCUCUCCAUCUUUCCUAUCUCUCUAUCUCUAAGUCAGCUGCACUUGACUUUCAUCUUGUCAUUUGGUUGUCCUGUUCCCAGGUCAGGUGUUUUUUGGAUGUGCAGGCUUUAACCUACUCUCUCUCUCUCUCUCUCUCAUCAGCAUGUUUCAGUUGAUGGGCAGUCUCUACAAUUUGAAAUGCAGAACAAAAAAACACAUGACAAUGAUGAGUUCUUAUAAAAAGCAAAUGAGUUAACUUACCAACUGUGGCCAAUAAUGACAAGAACAACAAACACAGGACCAGCAGUAGGGACUCAAUACCCCUCAAUAUUACAACUGUUAAUCAGAGGACUUGGUUGGUUGGAUGGUUACACCCUUCACUGCGUUCUUAGUCUCCUCUCGACCAUCCAAAGGGUUUCCCGAGAGGCAUUUUAAAGCCCAUAUCUCUAAAAAGCCCAUCUCUGACCUACACCGCACCUUUAGGAAAGUCGAGGCCUCUCACAGAACUGUGUGUGUAGAAUCUGUUUGUACCUACCUCACUGACUACGCAACGCCCAUACAGUGCGCUGUAAACUGUAGUACUGAAUACUUGGAGGGCCACAGAGAGUGUCUGUAGUGUAGCAGACUGAUGUGAUGCCGACGCACAGUAGCAUGGAUUGGAUUGGUCAAAACUCUUGAAGAAACAUAGUGCAAUUCUGAUCAUGUAGUGUGAAAUGUUGUGUGUAAUGUUAUCAUUUAGUGAGGUUUCCUUUACCUUCGACUCCAUAAACUACACCCCCAAACAGCAGUCCUCAUGCACACAUGCAUAUUUAUACAAACACGAAAAAAGAGAGCUCAGAUUUUUUUGUAUAUACCUUGUAUAUAGCUGUGUAGAGACCAAAGUCAGAUGUAGAACAUUAUAGCCUGUCGUCACGUAUGUUGAGGAAGUGACCGGACAGACCACACAUCUUUUCUUUUUUUUUGGAAUAUUUUAUAUGUUGCUAUGUACAAGUACAUAGUUGUCUGAAUACCUGGGGAGUACUCCAAGAAUUUGGCUCAGUGGUACACCAAGUUAAGUUUACCUUGAGGAAGUGGUACAUCAUCUAAUAGAAGGGCCUGAAGUAGGCUUGACCCACGUUCUGUAGUUCAACUUAACCAGGUUUAUCACUUAACAACGUUCUUGGAAUCCCCCCCCUGAACCUCAAAUUGGGAAAAACAAAAUGUUGACCAAUCCCGAGGUGUGAGAUGACGAGGUAGUCAUGAGUGAACUCUGGCGAUCACGGUAUCAGGCGAGAUGUUGAGUUUUAACUGUUAAUGUUCGCAGCUUCAUGGCCUUUAUGUUUUAAAAUGUUCUCUUUCUUUUUCUUUCAAUUUUAAUUUUAAAAGUUGCUUAUAAUGGGCAUCUGUUCUAUUCGUUUGUUAAUUCUUGAGUUUGAUAGGUUGUUUUUUUUGUCAGUGUCGCCAUUGUGUUUUUUUCUCAGAGCUAUUUUGUUAUUUAAAGAUCUGUAAUUCAAGUACUCUCUUUCUUGUCUUUGUCAUGAACAGCAUUCUGUUCACCCCCACAGUUACGGCUUUAGACUUCCUGGUAUGUAAAAAAGGGGGUCAAUUAUAGAAAAUUGAAUGUUGAAGAAUUUGGGGCAACAAAUAGUGAUGUAAAUGUUGUACUUGAUAUGUUUAUUGCUGAGAAAAACAUGUGCAUAAAAAGAUUAGCAAAACAAUCUAUUCUUAGCUUUCAAACUGGUUUUAAACUGGGGCAUGGGGUUCACUACAAAGGUGGUUAAGUGACAGACCUGGUUUAUGUAACCUGGAUGUAGUCAUACACCUUAUAGAGGAAGAGGUUGUUGGCAUUUGUUUACAACACUUGACCACCUUUGUUGUAUUUCCCCUUAGAAUAUUCAUGUGGCAUUGCCUGGGCAUCUUAUUUGCAGUAACCUGGACAAUGGGCACUGGUGGUUUUAUCCUGAGUUGAUCGCCGAGACCUAUGGCUAUCAUAGAUGUCAAGUAAUUGGCUUAAGCUCAACAAGCCCUCACUGGGAAAUAUCAUGUUACAGACUUCUCUUUCCCCCUUCAUUCUUCUCUUAAUGUGUUUAUUGUUUGGAUUUUUAUGUUUAAACGUUUGUUUUUUAAUAAAAUCGCAGAUGACCAUG